ACUUACUUUCUUCUACAAAUUAUUUUACAUUAAAAUAAAAAUCUUUAAUAGUUUCUAAAUUAAAAGUCUAAGAGAAGAUGUCGAGUGCCCAAUUCAAUGCAGGACAGACACACGGCCAGGCUCAGGGCAAGGCAGAAGAAUGGAUGGAGUCAGUCAAAGGCACAGCAAAUGCAGCUCAUGACAAGGCCUGCGAUAUGGCUGGCAAUACCCAAGGCCAGGCUCAAAGAAGCAAGGAAGAAAAUACUGCAUUUCUUCAGCAGAAGGGAGAACAGAUGGCUCAUAUGGCUCAAGACGCCAUUGAUGGUGUGAAGAACAGUCUUGGAAUGGGUAACAAUAAAUGAAACAAGGCCGAUGCUAAGUUUUCAUCUUCGCUUUCUUUAGGAAUUUUAAUUAGUUUAUAACAAUAUUAUUUCAAUUAAUUGUCCUAAGGAUGUAAUAAGGGUUUUGACAAUCUUAUGCUAUUGUAAGAUAAUUGCAUGGUUAUAGGUUGUUAGUAUUUUUUUUUAUUUAUUUUAGGUAGUGAUGAAAUUUUCCUUCAUUAUUUGAGAAUUCUAUGUAUUAGACAUUUUCAAACGUAAUAAAUGAAAAAAAAUAUUUAGAUGCUCUA